AUGACAACACCACCGCACGGAUCAAAGCGGCAUCGUGAAAACGAUGACGAUGACGACGACCACGACGACGACAACCAACGCCCCACCAAAAUCACCAUCGGUGACAACAACGAAAACUAUCCCGUCCUGUGGAGCGACUACUCCCAGCUUCCACGAUUAUGCUGGUCCCUCCGCGACCGCGACCGUAGAACCUCCCUCCCAGCCCCCGGCGCGGUGCGAAACAUGACCAUCGCUCGCGUCCACACCAGCAGCAGUCGAAGCCAAUUACUCACCUUCCCCUCGAUCGAAACUCGAUAUCUCCGCGACUUACACCCCUCCGUCUUCCGACCCACCCGCCCUCCUCCUCCCCCCCGACGAGUCCGCUCCCCUCUGCCCCCCCGCCCUGGUACCACCACAAUCUACUCCCUCCUCCAAGAACAACACCUCCUCGACCACCGAAUCCACCUCCCCUCCCCCUCCUCCCCCUCACCGUCCGACCUUGACAAAAUUUUGACUUACCUCUCAACCCCGAUACAGACCCUCACAACCACGUCCUUUUCCUCAGAAGCAUAUGACACCUUCCAGCAUAAAUCUUCCCUCCCCCCCUCCCAAGACGACCGCCUCCUCCCCGAUGGGGUCCUGGACACCAUCGCCGGGUGUGUCCCCGCCUUCCCCCAAAACAGGAUCUACAUCCCCUUCAACGCCAUGAAACCGGUCAACUCGCUCCCUGACGUAACCCCCACCCCGUACAGCUUCGACGGUGUUCGACCGGCAGAGUUGGAACACCUUAUUCGGGAUCGGGAGGAAGAGUUUGUCAUCGCGACCAAGAGGUACGAGGUACCUGUUGCGCCUAACUUUUUUGUCGAGGUUGUUGGGAGGGGGGGGAAGGGGGGUGUUGCUGCGGUGGCGGUGGAUGGGGCUUAUGGGGCGAGGGGGAUGUUUGUGCUGAGGAGUUACGCACCGGGGGAAAGGAAAAGGGGGGAAGGAAAAGGGGAGGGGUUGGCGUUUUCGGGGGUUUAUGAUGCGGGUGGGGUGUUGAGGUUGUUUGUGCAUUUUGUUGCUGAGCAGGAAGAAGGGGUGGAUAAAAAGGUGGAGGGGUUGGGGUAUUACAUGGCUGAGUUGGGGAGGUGGGAGAUGAUGAGGGGGCGGGACGAGUUUUUGAAAGGGGCGAGGGCGUUUAGGAAUUUGAGGAGCUGGGCGGGGAGGGUGAGGGAGGGAGCGGUGGAGGGGGGGAAUUGCUGGGCUGGUGGUUUGUUGGGUGGGGGGGUGGGUUGA